UUUUGAGAAGGGCAAUUUUGGACCAAUAGGAAAUAAUAGUCCGUUGACUCCAACCAGUUUAAAGCUAUACACUCUCAUUGUUUCACCAUUAUCAUUUCCCAUUCACUCACUUGUAACUCUUAAUCCAAGCAACUUUUCAGUUAUAUCAUAACAAUGUCAAACGCCAUUCAUUUCUUCCCUCUCAACACCGGAGCCAAGAUCCCUUCCGUCGGUUUGGGAACUUGGCGGUCCGAUCCUGGCGUCGCCGGUCAAGCCGUUGCUACCGCCAUCAAGGCCGGUUACCGUCACAUUGACUGCUCUCCAAUCUAUGGAAAUGAGAAAGAGAUUGGGUCUAUAUUAAAGAAACUGUUUGAUGAUGGCGUAGUGAAACGUGAAGAUUUGUUUAUUACCUCGAAACUCUGGAAUACCGAGCAUUCUCCAGAAGAUGUACCUCUAGCAUUGGACAGGACUUUGAAAGACUUACAGCUUGAUUAUGUUGAUCUGUAUCUUAUUCAUUGGCCGGUUGCAAUGAAGAAAGAAUCUACAAUGGAUAAAGAAUCAGUAGGUUUUAAUUCUGAAAAUAUUUUGCAACCUAAUAUUUCCAGCACAGGGAAUGCAAAUGCGACGACAGUAGGUUCGAAUCCUAAAAAUCUUGUACAACCUAAUCUUGCUAGCACAUGGAGGGCAAUGGAGUUGCUCUAUGAGUCUGGAAAGGCGCGGGCUAUAGGUGUAAGCAAUUUCUCCGUCAAGAAAUUGGGAGAUUUGGUUGAAGUUGCUCGCGUUACUCCGGCUGUCAAUCAAGUCGAGUGUCAUCCUUCUUGGAGGCAGGAUAAGUUGAAGGACUUAUGCAAUUCCAAAGGUGUCCACCUCUCUGGAUAUUCACCUUUGGGUUCUCCUGGUUGGCUUAAAACUAGUCUCCUUAACCAUCCAACUCUAAAUGUGAUUGCGGAGAAACUAGGCAAGACUCCUGCACAGGUAGCUCUACGUUGGGGGUUGCAAAUGGGUCAUAGUGUUCUUCCCAAGAGUGCAAGUGAAACCAGGAUAAAAGAAAACUUUGAUGUUUUUGAUUGGUCUAUACCUGCAGACUUGUUUGCUAAAUUUUCUGAGAUUGAACAAGAGAGACUGGUUCGAAUGGACAUAUUUGUUGACGAAACUUAUGGUGGUUACAAAACCGUUGAAGAACUUUGGGAUGGGGAAAUUUAAGCAGUGAGCACCAGCACCUAAGGAUAUUUGAUGGAAAAAGAGAAUGCCUUUGUUUUUAUGUUGAAUUUGUCUGCAUAAUAAUAUAUAUAUAUAUAUAUAUAUAUAUAUAUAUAUAUAUAUAUAU